AUGGAGACCGAGACAAUUGACCAGAUUGAGCAAGGCGGCGGUGCCCUUCGCACCGUCAAGGAUUUGGCCGCGGGCGCAGCUGGUGGAAUGGCCCAGGUUCUCCUCGGUCAACCUUUUGACAUUGUCAAGGUCCGCCUGCAGACUACCACUCAAUACAAGAGUGCGCUGGAUGCUGCGACUCAGAUCUUCAAGAAGGAAGGCCCCACGGCCUUCUACAAGGGAACCCUGACCCCACUUAUCGGAAUCGGUGCUUGUGUUUCUGUUCAAUUCGGUGCCUACCAUGAGGCGCGUCGUCGCUUGGAAGAGCUGAACAAGAAGAAAUACGCCGUCAAAGACCUCUCCUAUGUCCAGUACUAUAUGGCUGGUUCAUUCGCCGGUCUGACCAACUCUGUGCUCUCUGGUCCCAUUGAGCACGUCCGUAUUCGUCUGCAGGCCCAGCCACACGGCGCUGGUCGUCUGUACUCUGGUCCUAUUGACUGUGUGAGCAAGCUCGCCUCUCAAGGCGGUGCUUUCCGUGGUCUCUACCGCGGUCAGGCAGUUACCCUGCUCCGUGAGGCCCAGGCCUACGGAACCUGGUUCAUGGCCUUCGAGUUCAUGAUGAACCAGGACGCCAAGUACAACGGUCUCAAGCGCGAGGACCUCGGCAGCACCAAGGUCGCCAUCUACGGUGGUCUCGCUGGUGAGGCUCUCUGGCUUUCCAGCUACCCCUUCGAUGUUGUCAAGAGUAAGAUGCAGACCGAUGGAUUCGGUGCCAACCAGAAGUUCAGCAGCAUGCGUGACUGCUUCAAGAAGACCUACGCCGUUGAGGGUCUUGGUGGAUUCUGGAAGGGUAUCGGACCUACUCUGCUGAGAGCUAUGCCUGUCUCUGCCGGAACCUUCCUAACUGUCGAGCUUGCUAUGCAAGCCCUCGGUUAA